UUUGGAUGAACAUAUCACAAUUAUACGCGUAUAUUAAGCCUCCACGUGUCUUCUUCCACGUAUAUUAUACCUCCACUUAAACCUCAUAGCAUCUGUUUUUAUGGUUUUUCCUUUUCGUGUCGUGUAAGUAGCUGUACUAGAGGUACUAGGAUUUUGACAUUAUACUACAUAGUAAAAAUAAGAUGGAUUUCAUGGGUGACGCUGUGCCUGGCAGUGACCAGCACCAGCACCGCGGAGGUGGCGGUGGAGGCGGCAGCGGCAAGAAGGGUGGCGGAAAAGGCAAAGGUGGUGGUGGGAAGGGUUCUGGUGCUGGCAUAUCAAGGACACAGGCUUCGGCACCUUUCCUGGCGAAAAUACGACAGCAAAUGGCAAAUCAAGAGCAUGCGUUAGAGGAUAAGCAGAACAAGAAGAAAGCUUUGAAAGCGGAGAUGGGCAUAAAUGCAGGGAAUGUUAUGGCAAAAUUUGUUGUUAGAAGAACUAUGAACUUAGAAUUAGAUGAUGAACUAUGGCACAAUGUACAUGGAGGGGCUGUUAUGAACUAGGAGCUGAAGUUUCAGAAACUAACAUCGACUUCACUAGGCAGUGUCUCUGUAAUUCACUCCCGUAUUCAAAAAUAUAAUGUUAAAUAGAUCGCAAGUAGAAGCUACUACCGCCUGGUCUGCUAUCAUUCAGUACUACAUCCUUGAUAUGUUGAAGAUCUAAUACUCGCGAAGAGGACGACGACAUCCGAGAGCACUUGUUUGAGGACGAUUUUCAUGAGGCUGUGGUGGUUUCUGAAUCUGGUGGGCAACUCGAUGACUUCGAACAGAAGAUGGCUGACCAGCUAAAAGCAAACCGUCAAAAGGCAGAACAAGAACGCAAGGACCGCUUGGCUGAGUUGGACAAGCCGAUUACGUUCAAAUUAUCGGUGGAGAAGGAGGAAAAAAGGAAGAAACUGGAGAAGGAAAGGGAAGAAGCCGAAGCAGCAGCGAGAAAAAAAGCUGUAGAGGAGGAACAGGAGAAGCAAAAGACGCAUCCUGAGUUCUAUUGGCGAUUGAAUGAGUUAGAGAAGAGGAUAUUCGAUGCUUGUUUAGAACAGGAUAAGCGAGAUAGUCGAGAGGCGCAAAAUAAAGGAAAAGGAGAACGCUUAGCGCCAAUAUGUUUCCAUUUUAAUACGAAGCGCGGCUGCAACAAGAUGAACGAGAAAUGCGAUAGGAGACACAUCAAAAUAACCCUUCCUAAGUUUACUUCCAGCAAUUCUGUUUCUUCAGGAGCAGAUGGAACUUCAUUGAAACGUCCUGGCAAUAGUGCGGAUGUCCCACCAGCCAAGAAAAAGCCAACAGUAACACUAAGCUAUGAAGACGACGAUGAAGAUGAAAGCGACUGAGCACCAGAGCGAUUACUUACUUAUUUCUCAACAUUCUCAAUCUCAAGUUCAACUUUGACAUCUAACCUCGUGUUCCAGACCCAUGCUCUGGAUACAACAAAUCACCUAGUACAACUAACGCUUGUUCUCCAUCGAAUUCAAGGUCAUGAUCUCUAAAGUUGAAAAAUCAAGCACAACCUCGAUGCCGAAACAAAACUGCGUGCGAGAUCC